AUGAUAUAUUCUUCGAUAUUAACUUUGCCCAUAUUCCUGUAUAAUUUACUCCAUGCUGCCCAUUCACCAGAUCCACCAGUAUUCACUGAUGUACAACAUUACCCAUGCAUUUGUUACCUCCCACCAGACUCAGGAUUAUGUUCAAUCGAAGAAACAAAUGAUGACGCAGUAGACAGGAAUAAACUGCAAGUGCGCUAUUACUUUGAUUCAGUCACCGAAAAAUGUUAUCCAUUUGGCACUCAGAGUUGUGGAGGUAAUGAAAAUCGUUUUGAGAGCAUUGGUAAAUGUCAGAGUGUUUGUACAAAACACAAAUAG